CCAGAUCUCAAUCCCUUCAUCGUAAUCCCCCUCCCCCUUUCUCAUCGAAAUUUCCGAAACCCUAAUUUCCCGGAUUUUCUUCAGAUUCGAGGCGGUCUUGUUCGGAAGGAGACAAGCCUAUCGAUCUGAUAAGGGUGAGGUGAUCGUAGAAUGUGAUGUAGGUGAGGUUUCGUUUAAUCGGAUGGUUCGAUCGGAGGGGUAAAAUGGAGCGGAUUUGGUUCGAGCCGAGGCCAAGACGUACAUCGGGAAGGGUCUGGUUAGGGUUACAAAUCUCGAUGGGUCUCCUCGUGGGUGGAAACCAUACCUCCUCCAGGUUUUGCACUCGCUAACUCUCUUUCCCUCUCCCGAUUUGGCUUUAGAUCUCUCUCUCUCUCUCUCCCCCCCGCUUGAGAUUUGAUUUCCAGUAGUCUCUUCGACGAAAACUUUUUCCCUUCUGGUUAAUUUUCUGGGAAAUCGAGUGAAGAUUCGGUGGUUGCGACCGUAUAUCGCACCAUGGGAGUUGAGCUACUGAGGUUGAAGAUGGCGCAUAGCUCUUUCCCAAUGCGCGCGCUUUUACGCGCCCUCAUGAUCAUCUGCGCUUUCUCGGUUGUUUCCAUGGUGCAGAUUUUCGGCGGAGUUAACGAAGGUGUGAAUCGACCCAUUAGGGUCGACGAGUGUGCUGUGAAUUUCGCCUUUAUGGGUCCUUUCCUGCUUUCCAGCGCCGGAUUGCUAUCCAAAAAAUUCCUGAAACCCAUUUGGAGCACAAUCGAAUCCGCGCAGUGCAAGGAAAACAUAAACUUGACUGCUAAUGUUGUCAGAGAGCUCACAACUAUGAAAAUGUUGAGUUAUGAUGCGAAAGCUCUCUGCAUUGGCCAAAGAUCUGUUUCAGCCGUUCUGGCGAUGAAACGAGAGGGGAUCUCUGAUGUUCAUGCAGUUUACAGGCCUCCGUUUUUUCCGCUUAGGAACAGGAAGCUCGUAACUGAGCUAGAUUACGAGGACACAUCUUUCGAUUUUGUGUUCUCUAGGGAUCUGGAGACUGUCCCUGUCCCUGCUUCACUCGUUCUUGAGAUCGAGCGAAUUCUUAAGCCUGGUGGGAUAGGAGCUAUGCUCGUGAGUACUAGCGGAUCUGACUCGAAUAGCUUGGUCAGAUCCGUUUCACCAGUUUCUUCAUUACUGAAGAAUUCGAGUGUCGUACACGUUGCCUCGGUGGGUGAACCCGUUUUAGUUGCAUUCAAGAGAAAUGCAGAAGAUGGUUUUCGGUUCGAUCAGAGUCCUCAAUUCCCGGCCGAUUGCCCAUCUGUUGUCAACAACAAACCUUACAUUGAUUUCUUGGAGCCUCUCCUCGAGGAAGAACGGGCAGACUUUGAAAGAAGGAUCCAUUACUUGCCCGAGUUCAUCGACGUUGUCUCAUCUAGGAAGAGGUUGGUCUAUAUCGAUAUUGGGGCAGCCGGGCAUCUGAAAAUGAAAACAAGAAGCUGGUUCUUCCCCUCUUACCCGAUCGACAAGAGAGCAUUCAAUGCUUAUUUUGUUCACCACAACACAUCUGUCCUGACAUCUUAUGUCAAAAGCCCAGGUGUCACCUUCAUUUACCAUCCGGGUCUCGCUGCAACCAAGGCAAUAACCGAUCCUGAAGAUCUCGAACCCUUUGUGGAGGAUGAAAGCUUUGAUUUUCUAGCAUGGUUCAAGGAGACAGUGAGUUUUGCUGACUUUGUGGUUCUAAAGAUGAACAGCAGUGAUGUGGAACUGAAGUUUCUGGCAGAUCUCAUCGAGACUGGAACUAUCUGCUCAGUCGAUGAGCUGUUUCUCCGCUGCACCACCGGCUACAAUGACUGCACCGGUAUCCUUAAGAGCCUCAGGAGCAGUGGCAUCUUUGUCCAUCAAUGGUGGGAAGAAUGAUAUCUGCUAUAUAUCAUGAAUUAUUAUCGGUUAUGGUUUGUCUUGCCCUAAUGCAUCUGUUGUCUGCUCUGUUGUUGCUGUAUUUGCUUCGGCGGUUGGGCGCUUUACCGAAAUAAACAGCCGCCAUGUGAACUUUUUGUCUGGUUUCAAUGAAGUUUGCUAAGUUUGUGUUUUUUUGUUUU